AUGACUUGUCGUAACAAACUUGCUUGUGGAGUUAAUGGCUGCACCUAUUUCCAUAAUAAACUGUUACACGUGACCUCAAAAGAAGAAGGUGCUAAUAAAGAGACACCUAAAUUGGAAAUUCACAGUGAACAUAUGGGAUUUCAAGAAGAACCUGUUGCAAGAGUGUUGUUGAGGGUUCUCUCAGUAACAUUGGUAGGAAAGAAUGGCAAGCAAAUUGAAACAUUUGCUUUAAUUGAUGACGGUUCAACUAUUUCUGUCAUCGAAAAGGGAUUGGUUGAAGAACUCGAAAUUGAUGGACCUACUAAACCUGUAUCUUUCUCCUGGACAGAUGGAUCUGUUUAUACAGAAAAAGAAUCUCAGACUGUAACACUGACAGUUAUAGGAGAUACAGGCGAACACUUUACUCUAAACAACGUGAAGACUUUGACAGCCUUGCAGUUACCAAUACAGUCUAUGAAUUCAGAACAAAUGAAAAAUAAAUGGUCUUAUUUACAGGAAAUCCCUGAAGAAGUGUUUCAGCGUGGUCGUCCACGACUACUGAUUGGACAUGAACAUGUACAUUUGACAGUGCCUCUGAAAGUAAUCAUUGGACCUACAAAUGCACCGAUUGCUUUGAAGUCGAAACUAGGUUGGACAAUAAAUGGUCCUACUGGAAAUGUAAACUAUCAAACUCGUAUAGACAACGACUUUGUUAUGUUUAAACAUGAAACAAAUUCAGAUAUGUUGGAGCUUAACUCACUAGUUAAAGAAAGUUUUGAGAGGGAUUUUAUCGACUGCCCGAUUAAGGAAUCCAAUAAAAGCGAUGAAGAAGUUAGAGCAGAAAAAAUAUUGGAAAAUACCUGUUCACAAACAGAAGAUGGUUGUUGGCAAACUGGUUUGUUAUGGAAAGAAGACAAACCAUGGUUACCAGAAAGUCGUUCCGUUGCAUUGAAGAGAUUUAACUACGUUGAAAAUAAAAUGAAAGAGGACCCAAAACUAUGUCAACAAUAUCAUCAGAAAAUAGCAAGUUAUGCUGAAAAGGGAUAUGCAAAAAAGUUAAAUUUGGAUGAGGUAAAGAACAAAAGUGAGAAAACCUGGUACCUUCCUCACUUUCCUGUCUACAAUCCCAGAAAACCGGACAAGUUCCGUUUUGUGUUUGAUGCUGCGUCAAAAUCACAUGGAAAGAGCCUGAACAGUUGUCUACUACCUGGACCAAAUUUAUUCAAUAGCCUGAUAAGUAUUCUGUUCCAGUUCAGAAAACAUGAAAUCGCAUACGCAGCAGAUAUUGAAGAGAUGUUUUUGAGAAUGAAGAUUAUUCCAGAAGAUCAAGACUCACUACGUUUUUUAUGGAGGGAAGAACCUGACGGAAAAUUACAGGAGUGGUGUAUGACAUCAAUGAUUUUUGGGGCAGUUUGCUCACCAACCAGUGCCAUUUACAUAACUAGAAAAAAUAGUGAAAAACAUGGAGAGGAACAUCCAGAUGCAAAGCUAGCUGUAAAUCAACAAUUCUACAUGGAUGAUUAUCUUGAUAGCAACCAAUCUGUGGAAGAAGCUAAGAGCUUAAUAGAAGGAGUUGUAAACAUAUGUAAAAAAGGUGGUUUCAAUUUGAGGAACUUUAUUAGCAAUUCACCAGAGUUAAUGAGCUGUCUGCCAAAGAAAAGUUGGUCAAAAAACUACUUGAAAGAAGAAGAUGUUGGACUAACAACUGAUGACACAGAGCGAGUACUCGGGGUACACUGGAAUUUCCAUGAGGAUUUCUUCCUUUUCAAAAUCAACUUUGUAAAAGUGAAGAAAGAAGUCGUUGAUCUAAAAGAGCCACCAACCAAACGACAGGUGCUCCAGGCUGUGAUGUCCAUUUAUGAUCCAAUAGGCUUUAUCACUCCAAUCACAAUGAAGGGCAAAAUUCUGGUACAAAAUAUGUGGAAAAUGAAUGUCCAGUGGGAUGAAAGAAUUCCAGCGCAGUUGGAAAAGGCAUGGAAAAAUUGGAUGAAAGAUGUGAAGAUUUCGGAAAAUCUGAAAAUACCUCGAUGCUACAACUUGACUGCAAACUGCACUGUAUCAUUACAUAUUUUCUGUGACGCAAGUGAGAAAGGAUUUUGUUCGGUUGCUUAUUUUAGGACUGAAAAACCAGAGGAUAGCGUAGAAGUUGUUUUUGUACUGGCAAGAUCACGUGUUGCUCCCCUAAAGUUGUCCACCAUCCCUAGACUUGAACUGCAAGCAGCUGUAUUAGGCAGUCAAAUUGCAUCUUUGAUCUAUCAGUUUCACAAAAUGGAAAUAGACCAAACAUACUUUUGGACGGACUCAAGAAUUGUGUGGUGCUGGAUUCAAGCAACUCAAAAGCAAAAGUCAGCCUAUGUUGCUAAUCGUGUUGAUAAAAUACUGAGCAACUCAGACAGAAAUCAAUGGAGGUGGUUACCUACGUCAGAAAAUGUAGCUGAUGAAGCUACACGGGAAUCAUCAACUCCAUUAACGAACGAUUGCCGUUGGCUCCAAGGUCCAGCCUUCUUACUUAAAAAAGAAAAAGAAUGGCCAAAAAUUGAAAGCAUUCCGAGAAAAGAAGACUGCAAUGAAGUAGCCUUAGCAAUUUUACCUGAAAACAAAGAAAAUGUUAUCGAUAUGGAGAGAUUUUCAAAAUACUCCAGACUCAUAAGAGCAGUAGCAUGGAUGCAACGAUUCAUUUCUAAUACGAGAUGUAAAUCUGAGAGAAAUACAAAUGUGAGUCUUGGUGUUGAAGAGCUUCAACGAGCUGAUGAAACCUGCUUCAGACUUUCACAACUAGAAUCUUUUCCUAAAGAAAUGAAGAAUCUUGAGGAGAACAAGCCAGUUCCUCGAGAAAGUCGACUUCAUAAGCUAAGCCCUAUUUUGACAGGGAACUUAUUGAAAAUGAGAGGAAGGACUGAAUAUGGGAACCAAAUCAGUCAAGACCUGAAAAAUCCCAUAAUUUUAGAUCCUAAACAUCGACUUACAGUCCUAUUGAUCCAACAUGAAUAUGAACAGGCAGCUCAUCAAGGUCAAGAAACCGUGGCAAAUAAUUUGAGACAACGAUUUUGGGUAAUCCGUUUGAAGCGAGCAAUUAAGAGCUGUUGGGCAAAUUGUAAGAAUUGUCAGCUGCGCAGAAACACACCUAAAAUUCCUGAGAUGGCUCCUCUUCCGGCAAACAGAUUAGAACCUUAUGGACGUUCAUUCACCUGUGUGGCUGUGGAUUAUUUUGGGCCUCUGGAAGUCACUAUAGGUCGCAGAAGAGAAAAACGAUAUGGAGUGUUGUUCACAUGUCUGUCAGUGCGAGCGGUACACUUGGAGAUUGCAGCUUCUCUCAAUACAGACUCGGCAAUUCUUGCAAUCAGGAGAUUUGCAGCAAGACGGGGUUGUCCUUCGGAAUUGAUAUCAGACAAUGGUACCAACUUUAAGGGCGCAGAGAAGGAAUUAAGAAAAGGACUUGAGUCUUUUGAUAACGAACAAAUUAAAACGUUCUGCGUGGGGAAGAUGAUGAAGUGGACUUUUCUACCACCGGCGAGCCCUCACAUGGGUGGUGCGCAUGAACGUCUUAUACAAUCGGUGAAGAAAUGUUUAAGAGUGAUUUUAAACACCCAAGCUCCUAAAGAAGAAACGUUGACUACUCUAUUAUGUGAAGUAGAAUACAUAAUCAACAACAGACCCUUAUUUCCUGUAUCAGACGACCCUAAUGAUGAGCUCCCUUUGACACCAAACCACUUUCUCCAGGGAGGAGCAGAUAGAGUCACACCAGCUGUCAUUAUAACGGAGAAGCACCUGCAUAGACAAUGGAAGAUCGCACAGGACAUGGCAGACAAAUUCUGGAAACGUUGGCUGAAAGAAUAUGUGCCUUUACUAAACAAACGCUCCAAGUGGCACACAAAACAAGUAAAUCUGCAAGUCGGUAACCUGGUCUUAAUAACUGAUGAAAACCAAGCCAGAGGAAGGUGGACAAAGGGUGUAGUCGAAGCUGUUUACCCUGGACGAGAUGGCCAAGUGAGGGUGGCAGACAUCAAAACGUCCACCGGCACCUGGAGAAGACCGACUGCUAAACUAGUCAAGCUGAUGACUUAA